CUGUUGAAGUGGAAAAAAAAAAAAAAAAAGAUACUGGGGAUUUCAAGGUGGCUGCUUGCUAUAAAACCAAAUUGCCCAGGUAAGAGGAUCUUCUUUGUUUUUAAUUUUGAAAAAUUUGGCUGGGUUUUGGUGUCUUGACUCAGCAGAGUCUAUAAUGCAGCAAGGCUUGGUAAGCAUUAAAGAGGGUACUGAAGCUUUCCUUUAUUUCAUAAUCCCGAUUGUUUUUCUAGAAACCAUCAAUAGCCUGUAAAUGACUGACUCAAUUUUUGGAUCCUAUUCUCAUGACUAAGCAAAUGUUUGAUUUGAAACCAGCCCAGUAUAAAUGUCUCUGUGCCUGUAACUCUCUAGCCAUUCCUGGAUUUCAGCACUGGGGAAACCAAUCUAUGCACCAAACAUGUCUAAAGCUGGAACCAAAAUUACUUUCUUUGAAGAUAAAAACUUUCAAGGCCGCCACUAUGACAGCGAUUGCGACUGUGCGGAUUUCCACAUGUACCUGAGCCGCUGCAACUCCAUCAGAGUGGAAGGAGGCACCUGGGCUGUGUAUGAAAGGCCCAAUUUUGCUGGGUACAUGUACAUCCUACCCCGGGGCGAGUAUCCCGAGUACCAGCACUGGAUGGGCCUCAACGACCGCCUCAGCUCCUGCAGGGCUGUUCACCUGUCUAGUGGAGGCCAGUAUAAGAUUCAGAUCUUUGAGAAAGGGGAUUUUAAUGGUCAGAUGUAUGAGACCACGGAAGACUGCCCUUCCAUCAUGGAGCAGUUCCACAUGCGGGAGGUCCACUCCUGUAAGGUGCUGGAGGGCGCCUGGAUCUUCUAUGAGCUGCCCAACUACCGCGGCAGGCAGUACCUGCUGGACAAGAAGGAGUACCGGAAGCCCGUCGACUGGGGUGCAGCUUCCCCAGCUGUCCAGUCUUUCCGCCGCAUUGUGGAGUGAGGAUACAGACGCGGCCAAACGCUGACUGGCCUUGUCAUCCAAAUAAGCAUUAUAAAUAAAACAA